GCGGCGGCGGCGGGGCGCUGCCGGAGCCCGCUCCUGCUCCGCCGGGCCAUGGCCAGCACCGGCUCCGCGCCCGGGGGUCCGGGCCCGGGCUCGGGCACGGCGCUGCCCACCCGCUUCCAGGAGACGGAGAAGCUGCUUUCGGCGACCGAGGGCCGGGAGGAGAAGGGCCUCCGCGGCUCCAAAUCCUUCACGGCAGCCUUGCCCGGCGAGACGGAGCGCAACGGGCACGGGCUCGGCUACAAGUCGGUGUCGGUCGGGCACCUGGAGGCGCCGCCGCUGUCGCCGUCCCGGCUGAGCCUGGGCAGAGCCUCGUCCACGGCCACCAGCACGGCGGCCCCGGAGCAGGGCCGCCCUCGGGACUACCUGGUGCUCGCCAUCUUCUCCUGCUUCUGCCCCGUCUGGCCCAUCAACAUCGUGGGCCUCGUCUUCUCCAUCAUGUCGAGGAACAGUGGCCAGCAGGGGGACACGGACGGCGCCCGGCGGCUCGGACGCAUGGCCAGGCUGCUCAGCAUCGUCUCCAUCGUGCUGGGGACCAUCAUCAUCGUGCUCUACAUUUCACUCAGCAUCGGAGCUUCCUAGAAGACGUUUCAGCAUGCAAAUACCUUGAAGAGGAGGAAGACAACUUUCCUUUUGGGGUUUUUACUUUCAGCCUUGCAACAAAACAAAACAAAAAUUGUCACAGUGUAGGUGGGCAGCCCUAGACAGUCUGCUCUGGAGCGCCGUCGGAAGGAACGCAUGCGUCAAUUCACCGCCUCCUGGGAAUGAGCCUGGGCCAGGGACGGGAUAAAAAUCACCCUGAGGAGCAAUGGGAGAGGCCACUGAGGAGAGGAGAGGAGAAGGGGGAAAUCCACUACCUCAUUCGUGCAAGAGGAGGAGAGAGUCUCCAGAAGGAAGCUGGUUUUGGAAGGAAAACACAAGGCGAGAACGGGACGUUUUUGAGGAGUCCUCCUGAGAAUUUUGGCACAAGUCACUGGAUUUUUUGGGGGGUUGUGUUGGUUUUUAAAUCGUCAAAUUCUCUGUCUCUACAAAAAAAAAACAACAAAACAAAACACAAAACAACAAAAACAAAGCUCAAACUGCCAUCAGGAGCUGAGAGCUGUUCCAGGGAGGAGGAGGAGGGAGAGCAGAGCUGCAGCAGGACCACGGCUCUGCUCCGAGCGAAACGCAGCCGCCAAAGCUGGAGGAUGUGGUGGGUGCUUUUGUAUUUUUGAUGAAAAAAAAAA